AUGGCCGACUCGCUGCUGGUGCCGCUGCACGUCAAGUACAUCGCCGCGCUCGCCAAGCACCGCGGCAGCCUGGCGUACCACCUGACGACGCAUCUGCGCCUCAACGCCAUCUACUGGGCCGCCACGACGCUGCACCUGCUUGGCGCGCCCGAGGCCCUGCCGCGCGACGGCCUCGUCGAGUUUACGCUCAGCUGCUGGGACGACGACGCGGGCGCCUUUGGACCCUUUCCGCAGCACGAUGCGCACAUUCUCGCGACGCUCAGUGGGAUCCAGGUGCUGGCGCUCAACGACGCGCUCGGCGAGCUGGAGAAGGAUGGGCGGAAGGAGCGGCUGGUGAAGUACAUCUGCUCGCUGCAAGAUCAAGACAGCGGCGCCUUCUUCGGCGACAGCACACGGCUCGAGCAGGACACGCGCUUCCUCUACUGCGCCGUCUGCGCCCUCAGCCUGCUCUCGUCGCUGCACAGCGUAUCACGCGAGCGCUGCGUGCGUGCUGUGCUAGCCGCGCGUAACCACGACGGCGGCUUUGGCACGGUGCCGGGCUCCGAGAGCCACGCAGGGCAAGCAUUUGUUUGCGUUGGCGCGCUGGCGAUUCUCGACGCGCUCGAUGAGCUGCAGGGCGCGGAUGGCAAGGGCAAGGACAAGCUCGCCGGCUGGCUUUCAGAACGGCAGCUGCCGUGCGGCGGCCUCAAUGGCCGGCCACGAAAGCUGGAAGACGUCUGCUACAGCUGGUGGGUUUUGACGGCGCUCGCCAUCCUCGGCAAGCUGCACUGGAUCUCCGGCACCAAGCUCAGCCAGUUCAUCGUCUCGGCACAAGAUCCAGACCACGGCGGCAUCGCCGACCGGCCCGACAACGUCGCCGACGUCUUCCACACCUUCUUCGGCGUCGCCGGGCUCGCCAUGCUCGGCGGCCCGCCGGCGCAGGGACUGCGGGAGGUCGACCCCGUCUUUGCGCUGCCGGCGCACGUCACGCGCCGCAUGGGCAUCCAGAAGCCGUACCAGCGCCUGCCGGAUGCUCCGCGGGAAGAGGAGGCGCAAUGACAGGAGGUGCUUCCUCAUUCGGACCUGCGUCGCGAUCAUGACGCCGACUGCGGCCCCUUGUACCUGAUUUGAUCCUCAUCACUUUUGGCCGCAGCCUCAACGCCCCUGUGUUGCACUCGUCGCGCGCAGAGGAGGCUCAUUCCCUCUUACACGUCGGGCACGCAGAGGCAGCACCAGCCGCCAACUCUG